GCGUCGCCCGCGGAACCUAACGGACGUCUUCGGUUGUCCCUGCCGAGCGCGCUGUUCGUGGCCUGCAGCGCCACGCGGAGUCGCUCCCCCGUCCCCCUCGACGCCUGCCGCUGCGCCCCGACCGCUUCUCUCUCUGCACGCGCGACAACAAACAACGGCCUCGUCCCUCUCAUACAAAUCCCGAGACAUCGAGCGAGACUUGCCGCGGUCAAUUGGGUUUCCCAGUCUGCUUACGCGACCUCGCCCUGUCGCCGUCUCCCAUUGGCCGGCAAUCGAAGACGUCACCUGGCGGAGAACGGCACGGAAGACGCGAGUCGCCAUGGGUCUCCUGUCCGACCCAGUGACGAGGAAGAAGUUCGUGGGCCUGCUCCUCCGAAACAACACCAAGCUGUGCGCACUGAGCUACGUGGCGGGCGUGGCGUGGUUCCUGGCGCUGGCGUACGAGCCGCUCAACGCGCGCACCUACGUCUCGGAGAACGCCCUGCUGCCCGGCCUGGUGGACGGCCACUACUCGGACGGCGGCGAUGCCAUCGCCAUCGCCAGGGAGCUUGCGGCGCACAAGGCAGAGCGAGACGGCAUGCCGGUGGAGUGGCUGGUGCGUGCGUUGGAGCAGCGCGGGCUGGAGGUGCACACCCAGACCUUCUCCCGCGUGCUGCCCUUCCCGGACGAGCUGCGAGAACGCUACAUGGUGCGCGGCACCAACGUGUACGGCAUCGUGCGGGCGCCACGCGCCGCCAGCACCGAGGCGCUGGUGUUCACCGUCGCCUUCCAGCCCGGGGAGCACAACAACCAGGCGACGGGGCUCGCCCUGUCGCUCGCCGCCCACUUCCGCAGGCAGGUGUACUGGGCCAAGGACAUCAUCUUCCUCUUCAACGAACAUGAUCAGAUCGGCAUGCAGGCGUGGCUGGAGGCGUAUCACGACACCAACCUCACCGGCAUCUCAUCGUCGGUGAUGCGAGGCCGAGCGGGCUCCAUCCAGGCGGCGCUCACGCUGGAGAUGAGCAGCGAUGUGCUCACGAGCCUCGACCUGCAUCUGGAGGGCCUCAACGGGCAGCUGCCCAACCUGGACCUCGUCAACCUCGUCCACGUCAUCUGCGGAAAGAAGGACAUGCUGUGCACCAUCCAGGGCCAGCUGAUGCACCAGGACGGCGAGUCGUGGGAGGGCUACGUGCAGAGCCUGCGCACCGUGAUGCUCAUGGCGCUCAACCAGGCCUCGAGCCGCCCCACGGGCGACCACAGCCUCUUCCUGCGCUACCGCAUCGAGGCGCUCACGCUGCGCGGCAUCAACAGCCUGCGCUCGCGCAAGAUCGGCGCCACCACGGUGGGCGGGUUGCUGGAGGGCAUCUUCCGCAGCCUCAACAAUCUGCUCGAGCGCUUCCACCAGUCGUUCUUCUUCUACCUGCUGCCCUGCCUGCACCGCUACAUCUCCAUCGGGCACUACAUGCCUGCCUUCGGCUUCAUCAUCCUCGCGCCCAUGCUCAAGAUGGUGGAGCUGUGGAUCCAGCUGGGACAGGAGGAGGAAGGGUCGAACGGGACAGCGCGGCGCGCCGAGCCGGCGGAGAGCCAGUCGGUGCUGCUGUUCCUGGCGGCUCCCAUCACCAUCUGCCACGCCACGGGCCUCGCGCUGCUCUACUUGCCCACGCUCGCUCAGCACGAGGCGGCCGACUACUUCGGGGUGUCCGAGACGGAGGCCGUCACCUUCACCACGCUCGCCAUUUACCUAGCCGGCAUGGCCCUGCCCCACCAGACUCACCGGGUUCUGCUGGGCUCGGGGACGCGCCGAGGCUGGAUGACGCUCAAGUGCGUGACCCUGAUGUACCUGUCGGUGCUGCUCGCCAGCAUCGCGCUUAUCAACUUCUCCCUGGGCUUCCUGCUCGCCGUCGCCAUGGUGCCCAUCGCCACCUUCAUCACGCCGUCCCGUCGCUGGCUCCUGCAAGUGGCGCUCCUGCUGCUGGCGUCCCCGGCUGUGCUGCUGCUGGUGGCGCUGGCGCUCCGCUGGGAGCUGCUGGAGGUGCCGUGGCAGCCGCUGGACGCGUGGCUCGCGCUGCUGCAGGCCCUGGCCGAGGCGGUGCUGGACCACCAGCUGUACGGCGCCCUCGCGUUCCCCCUCGCCGCACUCGCCGUCUACCCCUGCUGGCUCAUGCUGUGGAACGUGCUCUUCUGGACGUGCUGAGCUCGAUUGCACCCAUAGACCCACCCACCCCCCCCCGGACCCCUGUCCC